UAUAAGAAUUGAGUGUAAACAAGCCUUAGUGUGCAAUCGAAUUCGCUAUUAGUCGCUUUCCGCGCACGUCCGGCGCAAAAUACGAGUUUUCUAACAGGAAUUCAGUCACACUCGGUGACAAUCGUGCACGAAGAAUAAAAAGGAAAUCCCAAGGUCCCGCGGAGCGGCUCUUUGCGCGGCCCCUUACUUAUCGUUAGAGCCCGCACGUGUAACGGCCUAAUUGGAAUAAUUGUUCAAUAUAAUUUAGCCGAGCCGCGAGCGCCUUCCUUGAAAAAAAUUAACCCUCUUUAAAACAUAACUGUAACCUACUUGCGCGAAAUAAAAGUAGCCCGGCGGUCUUUCUAAAAGCAAUUACUCGAAGCAAUUUGCUCGUACUUUCAGGGCGCACUGUAAAUUAGCCGCGGCAAGAGUGUACCGGCGUCGCAUGUGACGUGCACGGUACACGUAAUUUCCUCGUCGAUUAUGUUCCAGCGGCAUAACAGCGCUUCUGUCAGUUUCCUGCCCGCGCGCACACAGUACGAGAACCACUUGGGCCGGUCGAGAAGAAGGGCGCCGGAAGCCCCGUGGAAAAGGGCCGGAAGUAUCCUCCAGGCGGGAAGAGACCAGACCUACGACAUCGCUCAAAGGACCAUUCCCUCCCCUCUUCCUCUCACUCUGUCUCUCUCGCUCGCUCGCUCGCUCCCUUCUCGAGCUCGUUACCGCCGAACCGUGUCCUGAAGUAUAGCACCACAAAGCGAAGUACAACUCUCGACCACACGUGGUCCGCUCGACAAGCACGUCCGUUGGAGUCGCCCAGAAGCACCCUGUGUGUCAUCAAACAUCAACGACGUCGACAAUCACGACGACAUCGACGACGGUCAACAACAGCGACCACCGACCAACGACUCCCACGCCAAAUCCCAUCGACCUUUCCAAGUUCAUAGGAAGCGCGGCGCACGUCCUACGAAUGACGCGUAAAGGAGGAGGUCGAUUCGAUGGAGGGAGAGAGAGAGAGAGAGAGGGAGAGAGGAAAGAGAAAGAGGGCGAAACCGCAUUUAUCGAUACUACCGGAUCCAACGAUCCCUCCCCGAAGAGCGUACAACGACUUCGGGUAUACAGAGCGCUCCGGGCAUUGAGUCAAGAUUAAAAGAAACGGCGUAUACGGCGCUCGCGUAUAAAGGCAGACGAGGGGUGAGAUAAAAAGAGGAAGGAGCAAGAGGCGAGAAAGGCUGAAAGAGAGAGAGAGAGAGAGAGAGGGAGCGAGAGGGGAGGCAGCCGGGCACGGGGACAGGCAACGCUCGCGUACCGGCUGCCUCUCGUCGCGCCUGCGCUUCCCGUCGGAAAGCUCCGGCUCGUUCUCUCGGUCCUCGUCGGUCGUAGCCGUGAUCCUCCGUUCCGCCGGUGUCGCCCACCUCGAGCUCAGUGAGCCGGUGUGUGAGCGCCGCGACGCCUAGAACAGCACUAUCGUCGCCGGAGUUUUCGUUGUCGUCGCCAUCCUCGUCGUCCUCGUCGUCGUCAUUCCCGUCGGCGUGGAGUUGGCGACGGUCCCACGUUUCCCCUUGUCCCCGUCGUCGUCGUCGUCGUCGUCGUCGUUCUCGAUCGAGCGCCGUCUGUCCUCGUCGUUCUCGUGAUCACCGCUUCAUCGUCGUUCUAGUCAUCGUCAUCGUCAUCGUCAUCGUCAUCGUCAUCGUCAUCAUCGUCGUCGUCGUCGUUGUCUCGCUGCUCUCUCGUGGUGCUGGCGCUAUCCGGGAGGCACGCGACUACCCCGAGCGGUUUCCGUGCGCGAGUCGCCGCGGGAAGAGAGAGACGGACGAGUGCAGUACUACGGGCUCGUUCCUCCCCUCUCACUCCUCCUUCUCCUCCGCACCUUCGCUCUUUCUCCUCCCACUCUCUUUCUCUCUCUUUCUCUCUUGCUCCGUAUAUGCACGCUCUCGCCCUCUGCUGCCGCCGCUGCUGCUGCUGCUGCUGCUGCCGCCGUCGUCGUCGCCGUCGCCGAUCGCUCGUCGCUCUCUCUCGUUCCCACGACCACGCUCGUCCUUCGCACGACGUACCGUGCACCGUGCGCCUCCUCGGCCAUCGUACCGUCUUCGCGCCGCUUGCGACUCACGUGCCACGCCACACGGACACACGGCGCACCUACGAGGGCAGAUUUCACGUCCCGCGAGUUCUCCCGUCGUCCGUCGCCCCCGGUCUCUCUUCCUCGACGUCGCGAGACGACGGCCGCGCGGCAGGGCCGAGUGCAACGGCGAGCGAGAGCGCGAGGGAUAGAGAGGAGGAGUGAGCCCGAACGAGAGCAGGGGAGAAAGAGAGAGAGAGAGGGAGAGAAGGACACGCGACGCGCAGAAGAGGACGCAGGAUCGUGUAGACGCCGUGGCGUCGUAUCCGUCGUGCCCGCGGGACCUCCGAGGUGGACACUCGUGUAAGAAAAUGUACUCGCGUGACGGUCCUUAAACUUGGCCGCGGGCGUGCAUCCCCCGUGUGCGGAGAGGGCACGAGGAAGCGAGACGGCGAGGAGUCGGGGGUGUCUGUCUCCACCGGCAGGGAGGGCGUUAGAGCGAGAGAGAACGCGGGAAAGCGGGGCAGAGAGGGAGAGUUAGAGGGGCGGCUGGGAGGGGAGAGAAACGUACGACAGAGAAGAUAACGAUGCUCGAACGUGAUGCUAUACACGUCCGCGAGGGUUGUUCCGAACGACGACGGGCUCGCUCCACAUCCCGCAGGCUACUGUCGACUGCAACGUAAUCGUCCCACGAGCUCGCCCCCGGCCCAUCGUCGCACCUGCAUUGUCGUCCGCAAGAUCAACCAAUGAUCCGGGCGAGGGGAGGGGAGUACGUGCUGGUGCGUUCGGCGCGCUGUGGAGACGACGGGAUGAAAUCGCGCGGUGUUAUUAGCCGGAAGAUUCGAAUCGAUUCGCGUCGCGCCGAGUAAUACCCCGAUGGUGGUGGUGCGCGGCUUGAUAAUCACGAUAAGUGAGCGCGUUCUUAUCGCGACGUUGAUGAAACACGUGUGCGAGACGCGCGUGUGAUCGCGCAUCGACUUGACUGGCCGCCCGGGAUCCACGUGUACGAGCACAAACGCGUUCUUCGAGGAGCAGAGAGAUCGCUCUCCAGUGACCGACCAACGCAGUUGUUGCUACAACUCCGAUGCUGCGCAUCGUAUCGUUUCAGAAUGAAUAUAACGGUGAUCUACAAUGGUGCGACAAGCAUGGCUAAUAUUAUCGGUCUCGAGCCUGAGAGACUCAGCAAGGCGAUCAACGUAACUAGCGACGAUGAUCUUGACGUUUCGCCAGUGACCUUGUCACCGGCCUGGUCCAGAGUGGCCCGACUUUUGCUGCUGGCCUCUCUCGCCGUCGGCGGCAGCGUGGGUAAUGUCUUCAUGAUAUCCGCCGUGGUAGUGGAGGAGCAGCUGAACAAGCGAGGAAACGCAUUCCUCGUGAACGUGGCGCUGGCGGACCUGCUGGUGACUGGCCUGGUAAUACCGGUCUCGGUGAUCGUAAUCCUGGCGGGCUACGCGGAGUCCCUGGGUGCCUGCCGAUUCGAGUGGACCCUCGAGGCUCUUUGCUUCCUGGUGACCGUACUAACGUUGGCCACAAUCGCCGCCGAAAAUUACGCACGUCUGUGUCUGCCCGCCGAAAGAUACGCCAACCUGACGGCGGGUCGUGUAACAGCUACGAUCAUCGUCAUCUGGCUUAUCGCCGUGACUGUGGUGGCCUUGCAGUCGUUCUUGGACAUAGGUUCCGACUUUUGCCCCGCCCACAGCGGCCAAAAAGUUCUCAGCGGUAUCGUGAUGGAACAAGUGAUAGGGGCAAGCAUAUUGGUUGGGCUGCCAGCUUUGACGACCAUCUUCUUCUACGUGAAGCUGGUGAUACGCGUGCGACGGGUCACGCGGGGCUCGUACAAGCCGCCGGCCGCCUUCUCCUGGGACUACGAGCUCACGAAGACGAACAUGUACAGCUGCGUGAUGUUCGUCGUGUUCUGGUUGCCGUUCGGCCUGGCGGUCUGCGUAAAUUCCUUUGUUCCGAUUGCCACGCGCGUGCUCUACAACCUGGCCUGGUUCGCCCUGUCCAAGUCCUGCUUCAACAAUCUGCUCUACUGCGUGGCGGAUCGCCACUUUCGCAGCGCUUACGUCAAGCUUUUUCACUACUGCUGCUGCAAAACCACGGUGAGCUUCUCGAGGAGGCCGCGCGGCGGUGAGAGUAGAAAUUCCAGCGACGUGCGCCUCCGAGUGCACAUCAUUCACUCGUACGCGAGUCCGUCGUCCUGUCGUCCGGCCGUGGCCAGACCGAACGGACGUGACGUCUACGAGCUUUAGAUGCGACGCGAUGCUACGCGAUGCGAUGCGACGCACGUACGGGCUGCACAAAGCAGCUCGAUAAAGAUGUCCUCGCCGCAUCUGUCCAGACGUUCAUUACGCAAUGAGCGGUCCGCUUUCGCGAGAUCGGGCAAUCGACGUACAAACGAUGUCGCAUCGGGGCUGCCUCCCGGUAUGGCCUUACAACAAGUUAAUUCGUUUCUCUCGAUUCUCACGACUCGCGUCCUUUGCGUAAUUUCUUUUGUUUUUAUCAAGGAUGCCGGGGAACGAGACUUCCAAGCAGAAUUCAUUUCGGCACCAUUGAAAACGCACACGUUAUCAGUGUGCAACUGCGCUGCAUUUACGCAUACACAUUCUCUAUCCUCUGCUUAUUUGCGACUAGAUAUAUUAUUUGUUAACGAUUCAUAGAAGAGUGCUUUUAUUUUUUAUCGACAUGUACAACGGCUCCUGCGAUAUUAUUUCGUGAAAAAGAAACCACGAUGAAGACCUAAGAAAUUGGCACUAACGAUGUACGUGACAACGUGACAUGUUGUCCGUUUAAUCGCAUAGAAAUUCUUCAUCUCAUUAGACUUAGGUAAAGUAUAGCCAGUUGAAAUUAGUAAUGUGUGGCCCAAUGUAUUCCGACGCUAAUACGGAAUGGUUGCCGUCCAGUGGAAAUGUUCUCUAAACGAUGACUAUGGAUUUGUAUAUUAGGAUUUUGUCAGAGAGAGCUUGUGGAUGUCAUCAUAUAUAUAUAUUUACGGGGAUCGAACGUUCUCCAAUUAUUCAGGACUGAAGUUCUAGUCGCGGGGAUGUCGACAAUGUUCUAGUAAUCGCUUUGUCUAUACGGUGUAAUAACGGAGCGACGCUUUCAUCCCGGGUGAAACUUUUCGACGCGAAUAUAUCUGAUUAUAAAAUGCAGCGGGUUCCCGGUACUAUCGUAUGUCGCGUUCCUCUCUUUUUUUUUUAGAUAGCGCACUUUCUAUUUAUCGCGGAACGUCCGUUCUCGGCGGGAGAGAAGCGGCAAGCUUGUUUCUCUCUCCGCGAGAUCCCAUCUUGUAACAAGGGAAGAGACGAGUGUCUUACUCGCGACAGCAUUUUAUCUGGCUGCAAGACGAGACGUGAAACGCGGGCGAGAGGGAAAAUAAGGUUUUCCCAAUCUCGAUUAAAUUUCUCGACGGAGCUUACUGGCAUUCCGAGAGGGAGGAUGCUGGCCGCGAAGUUAUAUACGCGCCCGCUGGAGGGGAGUAAUUUACGCUGGUGCACUAUAUAAGUUCGCUAUAUGUGAGAUUUAAGCUCGGCGAACACACGCGGAGUAACGCUGCGAACACCACAUCCCGAAUUAUGGCCCCGCCGCGGUAAGUCGGCCGGUAGAUGAAAAUGCCGUAACGUUUAAGGAGGCACUUGGCGGCGCUCAUCAUCCCCCAAAGUUAAUAACAUUCCGGUAACGAGGUGAAGUCAAGUGGAUCAGAUAAGGGCGAUUCGAUGAUAAAGAUGGCAAUAAUAUCAGUUAAAACUUUUAGCGCUCCGCUCGCCUAUCGAUCUCGACGUUCGGCGAUUUAGCGGGGAUCGCUCUUCGAAAGGGAAAAAAACAAGAAAAGAAAAAUGGGCAAGUAAAAGUUCUCUCGGCCAUUUAUUAUGCAAAUCGGGCAGCGGUCUCUCGCGGGAGAGGUUCCUUUGAUGGCGGCCAAAUAAGGAUCAAAGUCAGGUACCGUAAUCUAUUGCUCUAUUGGCGAAAAUACAUAAACUCGAAGCAUUGAGGGAUAUAGAUGCGGGGAUAAAUGUGACGGGAGUGUAAAACUCCCUCGCUGAAGAGGUGGAAUUAGCCGACGAGUAUCGUUCCAAUGCGCGCUACACCGUUCUACGUGCUCGCAUAAACUGCUUAACUAACGUCCUUCCCCUCGUCUUGUACUCAGGUCGACUCGCUGCUUGUUUCAAAAAUCAAAAAUAGCGCUGCCUCUUUUCGAUUUAAUUUAAAAUCUACAUAUCUCUCGCGCAAAACGUGAUUCUCAAUAAUUAAUUACGUGUGUUUCCCCCUAAACAUAUCCGGUUGCGAAUAAUUGCCCUUAUCCGCCGAAGUACUGAAUGUCCCCUGAGAAAACAAGAACACGUAGCACACACUAAUUACUGCCCCUGUCAUCUCGAUGUGGAAAUAACUAAGCCGCAUCCGCGUAUAUAUAUACAUAUAUAUAACGAGGAGCGUAAGAAGUUAUUGUUAGCAUCACAUAUUGACGCGGAGAACGCGGGCGAUUUACGACGAGAGAGCCCUGGAUUAACGCGAAAACACUCUCGUGUGACUCGAUCGCCUCUCCCGUGUGUUUCGUGUAAAAUCGGUUGGUGAAUAUUGUCGUGCCAAUUAUUCUGGAAAACGACGCCAUUCUUCACCCCGGCCGGGUAAUUCGUUACGUGCCGCGCGGCGAUGCGUUCGCUUUGCUGCGUCGCGUUUUCUCGGGACAGACACUGUUUUCAGGGAUCGCGAUUUAUUUAGCAGCGUUUCAUUGGAGGACACUCGCUCGAGCGAGUGACACCGGCAUUCGCUCUAUUCGCGAGAAUGCUGCUUGCUCCGUCCAUACACGCCGCGCAGCUGCGAUCGCGAGUAUCAGAUUCGCGAUGGGGGUACAUUCCAGGGAGAGCUUCUUUUCGUAAUCCGUUCCAGCGUUCUUGAAUGACGUGCCUAAAUAAUCGUCAGAGCUUGUAUUCUGAAUUUCACCUUUCGAUAUUCUGACCAUUCGCUCCAUUUUAUUUUGCAGCAGAAAACGAAAUUACCGCCAGUGAGUAAUAAUUUAUACGCGCGUGUUAUUUUGUUGGGAAAUUAAUUCACGUUUGCUAUUCAAAUGAGUAAGUUAACAGCUGAUUUUUAACGAUUUCUAUCAAAUAUACACGCAAUUGAAUUUCAUAUAAAAAAUGUUAUUUAUGCUUUUCGUAAAAUGUGAGCUACGAUAUUAUGUUAUUUUUUAUAUUCCUCGAAACCGAAACAACGUUUCUUUGUAUCAAAUUAUUGAUAAUAUGUAAGGCUAAAAUUGCAUCUUAAUCUCGUUUUGCAGAUAGCGAAACCCUUUGUUAAAUGUCUCGUACAUUCCACGCGGCUUUUCGGUUAUCGCUAAUCGUGUAUUCAAGCACAUAUCUAUCAUACUUUACACUUGGAAAUCCAUUCUGUUUGUACAUAUGUCUCUUAAUAAUUAACAAUAAAAUGCGUACGACGUUAUCGCGCGCGCAUUUGUGCAAAGUGGACGCGUAAAAGCAUUGAUAUCGCUUUCCACUUGUAAUUCCCAUAUCGUUGAAUUCAACCGAAUUUGAACUGACUCAGCGCCAACGCGCGUGAAAAACAUGUAUGUCGUAUCUAAUUACGCGACCUUCUCCAAAUGCAGUUUAGAGUAAUGUAAUUGCAUCGCGGAACGUAAUCGAACGUGUAAAACGACGGUCUCAUUUCGCGUAUAUAAGGGCAUAGUCAAGUGAUACUUGUAUAUGUAGCUAGAGAAUCUAACACGCGACUAUACUGAACGUGUAUUGAAUUGAUAACGCGCCGUUACAUGAUCGAUGCUUCGACCUAGACAUGUAAUGGGGCCAUAUAUUUGUGACUGACAAACAAUAACGAUGAUCGCAUUACGAGUAUAAGCGUCAAAUCUUUUUAUUCGCAUAUCGAAGAAGGAGGUAUAAAAAUAGACGAAGGUGCCUCGCGUGACACGGAACAAUGUUAUUUCGAAAUUUAUGGACUUCGCGUGGACUUUAGGUUCAACGAUAUUUCUUCGAGAAAGGAUAUUUCGCCAUUGCGACUGUUAUAGUCAUAUCCGGUGACUUACUCCUUCUGUACCAGUCAACUUUUUUCGUUGCAAUAAUAAUCAGUUUUAUCGAUCACCUCUUCAAAAGACUCGAACGGGUUCUUAUUAUACACUUAAAAUACAUAGAAUAUACCUAUUAGUCAACGACGUUCUUUUACCCGAGGGUGUCUGAUUGAAACAACAGAUUUUUAUACACGGGGCGAUAUCAAUUUUUGAAGUUACAAUAUCAAUGCUAAUGAUUUCAUUAAUCGUAAGGCGACGAGAGAAAAUUCACGUCGACGUGUUUGUCAGUGUUUGGUAGUAAAAAAAUAAUUUUUAUAAUAAAGUAAUAAUUUUUAUAUAUGGUUCCACCGUGGUUGUUUUAAAAGAUAAUAAAGAGAGGCGGAAGAGAAUAAAAAUAUCGAAUUUCUAAAUAGGAACGUAAAAUUUUAGUGUAUUAAUACAGUUUUGUAUAUUUAAUCCGGUGACGUGCGUACGCGCAAAUAUGGAAAAUUGAUUUAUGUAUUUAUUCUCAAUGCGGACAAUAUUAUUUUUUAAUUUCGACAUAUAUACGGAAAUCCAGUUAAAAACUUUGCCGAUCGAAGUAUGUAGUAGCGUCGCAGUGGGCAAAAAUAUUUUUUAUAUCAACACAUCGUACAGACUUUCAAAUCAAAAGUGUAAUAAUGUGUAGUAGAUAUUAUUUUUGCGACUGGAUAGGUAUUUUGCAUUGGCGGAUCCAGGAAUAUAAUUUUUAUGAGAAGUGUAAUUAUGCGUAGGUACACAGCGAGUGUUAACAUAAUAUUUUGCAAAAGGGGAAAAAUGACGAGGGCUCGGACGAAAUUUUAAUGAGUUAAGAGAUGAACUUUAUGCCGACAAAAUCAAAUAUCUCGUCUUUCCUCGCAUAUAAUUCUGCUCUGGUUCCGCCGCUUGCGUUUCGAGAGAGUUUAUAUUUACGAGUAAGCUUGCACGUUUAUUCAACUGUAUAUAACUCGUCUUAUGAUUGUACAUUUAAUUGAUAAUUACUGCAGCGGCGUAUCUCUCUUGACUGUGUCUAUGAUGUCGUAUUUUACACGCCUUCUGUCAAUCUGUGAUCACACUUUUAGGUAUGAUUGUUCGGGUAGUAUGGUACGAGCGCGUACAUUAUAUCGUCAAAUUUUGCACAUCUUAACCGGUUUAGGUCAACCAGUCUCGAUUAUCCCGGAUCAUACUCCGGCGGUGUAUCCUCGUAGACGACAUUAAACGUAGAAAGCAACGUCUUGUCAAAUACGAUGAAAACAGUUUGAUAUUCUAAGCGAUGAUAAUCGCCUUACAAAGUGUACCAAGUUUGACUACCGAUCCUCGCGGACGUUGUGUGCAAAAUUUGAAAUUGAAAUUUAAGCGUCUUUCACGGCGAGAACUUUGAUAAAACAUCCGGCGAGUGGCCGCGCGUUGAUCAAAUAUGCGAGAGGAGAAAUAUUCGGCACGCGGGAGAGAUUUUAUCAAAAGUUCCCGUCGCCGAAAACCGGGUUUUCGGAAACGCGGGCAGGCGUAGCAAGUGCCGCUGGCGAUAGUGCUUGAGAAAUGGGACCAGGAAUUUAGCUUCUCGUGACUACCUUUCCCCCCGACUACUUUUGUAUCGUCCGCUUCGUUCAUUCCCGAGACGUUUCGGAAUUAGAAGCGCAUCCGCGGUGAUUCGCGUAUUACCACGUGGUCGCGAAACUUAUGCGUUCGAUAGAGAAUUCCCAUCGGCGCAAUUCCCGUAAACGAAUUUGCAAGUUCGGGAGAUAGCGAGAAUUCGUAGUUAAAUGACUUGGCUUUGUCUGUUUCGCGUACUUGCCUUAGCGUUAACUUGCAAGCAAGCAUCUAAGUUAAAUAAAUGUCCUAUCUAUACUGUGGUGUAUUGUAUUUCCGAGUGUACGUGUUAUACGGCGCGUAUGUGAGAUGUGUGUGUGUGUGCGUGUGUGUAGCUAUGCGUUUGCGAACGUGUCUAUUGAUAUGCAUAUGAGAGAAUAUCGGCGAUGAACGUCGAGUACGUUGUGGAUGGAUGGAAAGAUCGACAGGCACUGCAUGCUUUCUCGACAUACAGUCUCGCGCGAUUACUAUAGUUAUCUUGGAAAGUUUCCCAAUCAAAGGCAAAUUUAUUUACACCUUGAGCGAGACGGAGAUUUCUUUUCCGUGCAUUUCGUGCCGUAUAUUUUCGCGUCACGUCUUUGACGCGAAUAAAUACCGUAGCUUGUGCAGUGUCCGUCCAUGAGGUAGAUUUUUCUAUGACAAAAAAAAGAAGGAGAUACAGCGUAUUCUUAGUUACGAUUGUAUAAUUAACGUUGUUGUAAAAUAAUGAUUGAAUAUAUCAAUCGUACGACAAUGAACGUAGAAUUCUUUUCGAGUGGCGAUUCAUUGUAAAGCGUAUAACGGCGCACAAUUAGUAUCCAGAGGAGCUCGUUUUAUCACGAAAGUGGACGAUUGUUUCCGUUGAGAACAAUAAAUUACUUAUCUGCGACUGAGAGAGCGCGAUUAGUUUGCGAUCGAUAUAGUUACUCGCGCAUAACUGUGAUUUCAUUCUCUGUGUAACGAAUGAGUCCUCGGCUAACGGCGAGCGACGUUCUACAGGUACUCGUAGUACACUAGCGACCUGUAUUUUUUUUAAUUAUCGAAAAACAUUGUUUGCGGUAAAUAGAAUGAGUUUUAAUAUACCUCGAGUAAUUGCGAGAUACGCUUGUCAAUCUGCUCUCUUUCCGUUGUCGUAUAAUAAGGGCAGAAUUGACAGAAUGCCGCUAAUUACGGCGCGGAAUACCGCGCUGCGGGAAGGCCGCGCGCGGCAGCAUUUAAGGCGCACACGCUUUUUAUGUCCUUGACUCGUCGAAUUGAAAGCAGGUUAAACUCGUUCGUGCCCGUUCGCCCUCAUUUGCGUAUCUGGCUAGUGCGUUAGACCGUAGCGGUAGACGUGGUAGAUCGUGUUAGAUGACCGGCGGAGAUAGAUGUCUUAAAUAAUAGGGAGACGGAGCGCAUCCCCGGUGCGCUCUCCUGGCACGUAAAUCGCGUGUAGACAGUCGCGAGAGUCGUCGCGCGGGGUACGUUGUGUCGUUUUGCAAUUCUUCCGACUGUCUCAAACCUCCUCACCCCGGAGGAUGCGAUUAAUUCUGACGGGUUUCGUACAAGCUCGUCGGGGCGAAUUCUCGUCAUGGUGGGAUGCGUGUUCCCGACGGUGCCUCAUUCUAACAAAUUUGUACCGAGCGUCGGAAAUAAUCAUAUAUAUCGCAGUAAGUGGAGGCGAUUAUGGCGAGCGCGCCGUGUGAUUAGGAGCUGUACUGUAAUCAUCGGGACGCAUUUCAUUAAUACUGACGUUUUCGUGCGAAUUCGUUAGAACCAGUUAUCGUCGGAACACGCACUCGCUAUGAUUAUACCCCUUGGGGAUUUGAUCGCGGUGGGUAUACGUGUUUCGACAGCACCAGGUUCUAACGUGCGGGGCAUCACUCACAGAGUAAUUCAAAUGGACCGAAAUAAGCUUCAGCGGCUGCAUUAAUAUACGAUAGCUUGAUAGAUGCACCGUUGGACGACCAGGGACAAGGGAUAUUAUUAGACAAUACCAUUUUUUCUCUUUGCCGUAUUAAGACAUUGUUUCUACCGCGCUUCGAGAGAGAGCGAGAGAGAGAAAUCUGUCUGUACUUUUAGUUGUAAAAGUUAUAAAAAUUAUUUAUAUUCGGGCGACACCCGUCGACCGAUUUACUUUCUAAAUUGUACAAUCGGAUCCUGCGGCUUGUUUCAAUGUAUUUCAUCAAUCCUGACGUUCUUCCACGAUAUCGUCGGUACGAACUUUCUGCGGAACACGCGACUCGCCGUGUGGCUCCCUAUCUUUGUUCGCCGCUUCGUUGCCUAUGUCGAGGCAAUUGUAAUCGGUUUCUACAUACGUUCGCGAACGGCGAUGUGAUCGCGCGGAUUACCCGCGCGAGGCAAAUUGCAGCAUUAUUUACGGGCGUACCGUCGGGUAUGCCCUGCGAUGCACGAAACUGAAGACACGCUGUUAAUAAACGUUAUACAAAGUCAUCGAGAAGCACUGUAUUUCGAAACUCUGAGGACCACGAACUCACAAUAACAUUAGUUACGGACCUACGUAGAUUGUACAUUUUUUUUUUUUCAACGAGCGUAGCCGUCGAGACGGUCGAGACGAGCUCGACAUGGAACGUCGAGGCGCGUACGAGUUACAGAGGAAGGGACGUCUCUGUACACAUCCGGGCCGCGUUUACACGCGCAAGGGUCGCAAUAUUAAUCCGUUGUAACGUAAGAAAAAAAAAUAGAGAAAAAAACACGGGCCACCAAGCGCCCAUUUAUCGGUGUCGUGUCGUGAUAGGUGUCCAUACUGUCUCGUAACAAGACUUGCGAACGUAACGGCGUUUGUCUAACCACUCUAACCAAUUGAUAACCAGCUGUACCGACUCGAUUAACACGAGGAGUAGCAAAGUAGAAGUCAGGUCGAUGUGUUGUGUUUAACUGGUAGCGUAGCAUGAGGCUAGUCUGUAGAUCGAAAUAUAACGUAGAGCAAUCUGCGAGCGUUAAUAAACCUGUCCCUCUGGCCGUAGCAGAAAUCGUUAAUCGAAUCGCAAACUGUACUACAAACAAAAAUGGACUAUAUAGAUGUAUUUAUUUUGUACUGAAUGUAUCUCGCAUUGGUGUACUUUUUCGUCAAGGGUCGACGUAGCGCCGCAGCCACGUCGAGACGGCAUUCUGAUUUAGUGGACACACGUUACCGCGGACUGUGUAAGUGUAAAUUUUAUAAUGUUGUAAUAAAAGUGCGUUUCUCUCUC